GCCUUGCUGGAGCCACUGAGUGUCGCAUUCACCGCAGUGGCUCGUUCGGGGGUCAAGAUUGGAGAUCCGGUGUUGAUUUGUGGCGCAGGGUUGAUUGGGUUGGUGGUGCUGCAAUGCUGCCGCGCUGCCGGGGCUUAUCCCAUUGUGAUUAGCGAUGUCAGCCCGGCGCGUCUGCAGUUUGCACAACAAUACGUGCCUGCUGCUCAAACACUGCAGGUUCGGCCGGAGGAGACGGACAAGGAAUUUGCAGCUCGGGUGGUGCAGCUGAUAGGUGGGGAGGAUCGCGAGCCCGUGGUCACCCUAGAAUGCACGGGAGUCGAAAGUUGCAUCGCUCAUGCUAUUCAGAGUGUCAAGUUUGGGGGCAAGCUGUUUGUGGUUGGCUUGGGCAAGGAUAAGCUUGAGUUUCCAUUCAUGCGACUGAGCGAGCGCGAGAUCGACCUGCAGUUCCAGCAGCGCUAUGUCAACAUGUGGCCCCGCGCCAUCCGGGUGAUGUCCAGCGGAAUGAUUGAUUUGGAUGCGAUGGUCACGCAUGUCUAUGCCUUUGAAGACGCUUCCAAGGUGUUUCAGACGGCGUCGGAUCCGAGUAGUGGCUCAAUCAAGGUGCUGAUU